UCAAGAUGACCAGCAGUACAUGGAAGCAUUUGACCAGCUGUUAGAAUGUUGGACAUCCCUGCUACGCGAUGCUGGGCACUUCCCUCCAGCCUACUUCUGCAGCCAUGCCAUCCAAAUCUUUAACUGCUACCUCCAGAGCCACUUGGGGGCGCCAGACGGGACAAGAGAUCAGAAACAGAAUGGAGAUGCAAGUGAAGAUGAUGAGGAGGAAGAAGUCAACGAAGUAGAAGAAGACGAUAGAGAUUUAUUUGCUGAUCAGCUAAUUAGUGUAGCAGCCAUGGGCAGAGCAACACCACAACAUAGUAUACCUAUAUUAACAAAGUUUCUAGAAGAUAGAGCACUUAGAUUACAUAAUCAUCUAAAUAGACAUCAGCAUCAGCAGCAUCAUAACGUAGAUCUAGAUAUCAAGGGACUUCAUCAAAUCUUUGAAGAUGUACAUUGGCUUACACUAAUAACAGGUCAUCUUCUAGCCGAUGAUUUCCGUGGUGAGACACCGGUCAUUCCAGAGCAGCUUAUACGAUACUCACAGCUAGAAUCUCAACACGUCGAUACAGACAUCACUCUGAAGGUUCUAGGUUCAAUACAUGACAACCCCUCUUCAAUACCGGGUCAUGAAAAAGCUGAUAAAGUCAUUAGGUUAGCAGCAGCUGUCUUCCGUAUCUCUGAGAUCGAGAGGCGGGCCGUCCAGGCCCAACUCGGCGAUCUUUGGAGCCCUCAAGUAGGUAGUACUGUGGUCUGGUUUCUACGACGAUGGCUAUCAUCAUAUCUCAUGCUCAACGAAUCCUACUAUCAAGAGCUAAGCGUACCCUUAGCAGUGUGUUUUGGUAAGGGUACGGAGGGGAGUAACUGGCUGACUAGUUUCCUCCUUGAUAAGUGCCUGUCAAAUCUAUCGGUGUGGAGUGGAGAACAUGAGCUUGCCAACGACACGGUCGACCUUCUAGUAGCACUGGUGGAGAAAAAAGAGAGAUGUAUACCAGCGCUGCAAUGUGAGAGCUUCUGGACCUUAGCCAAGCAGCAUGCAAGCAGUUCUCCGCCCUUAGACCUGCUUCCUCUGGACAUCAAGUCAAACCUGAUGAAGGCCUUGGUCCUGGCCGGAUCCCUAGCCAAUAACUCUGAGAUCAAAGACAGAUUCAUGCAAGAGGUUCUUCUUCCAGUUCAGAACCGCUUCAAGGGUUUGAUCCAGCAGGAGGACUUUGUCAGGAAGUCCCAGGACGACUCCCUCAGGGCCACCCUCUGCAUGCUCCUCAGUCACAUCCGGGGCAUCGUCAUGGGAACCCGUUUCAACUCUGCCGAUGAGCUCUUCCUCUUCACCUUGCCCCUUGCCAUGGAGUCGGUCUCGCUCGUCAGGACCUACCAUAAUUGUCCCGAGGUCGUAGAGAUGGUGUUGGAGAUGUUCCUGGAGAUGGGCAGGAGACAGCUGACGUACCUCAAUAAGGCGAACUCCUUCAAGCUUUACGAGAUCUCACUAUCCCUCCUGGAGACCUACAAGCAGUGCAAUCUUGGCAAACUGAGGCAGGAUGUCUUGGCCGAAGAGGAACAGUACCAUGAUAUAUCCAUCAUGAUUGAAAUGCUCACAGAGAUCAUCUCAAAGGACAUGACUGAUUUUCUCCACGAUAGUGAGCCUAGUCCAGCUAACAAUGUCUCUGCUCCUGAUGUGGUCUUGUAUGGCUUCAACCUUCUUCUACCUCUUAUCAAUCAAGAACUUCUCAGGUUCCCAACCCUAUGUCAGCAGUACUUCCGUCUCAUCACGUCCAUCGGUGAGCUGUACCCCGAGCGUCUCGUCCGCAUCCCGGCAGCGCUUUUCCAGAACCUGAUGGCGUCCAUAGAGGCGGGACUGACCGAGUUUGGUGGCGAGGUGUCUAGCAUGACCCUGGACGCCCUCACAUCCAUGGCCGAACACUGUGCAAAGAAUCGCCAAGAGGUGGCGGGCUCUCAGCUCGAUCAUGCCAUGGAGCACUUUCUAAGGGUACUAUUUGAUAGCAUCGUUAAGCAGAGCUUUGAUUUGGAUAUCAUACCAGCAGCAGGAGCGGCUUUCUACACUCUCAUAUGCAGUCAUCAUGAGAAGUACACUGAGCUAGUCAACGGCAUCCUCCGUCGCCAACCCAACCCUUCCAACUACCAGAGACUAGCAACGGCAUUCCGUCAGCUCACGCCCAACGAUGCGAUCUUCUGUCUGGACCGGGCCCAUCGCAUCAAGUUCCAGGCCCAGCUUGAGAGCUUCCUAGGCAAUGUCAGAUCAUUGCUCAUCGUCAAGUGAUGAUUGUGCCUUGAGAGAAGUUGAGGUACCCUCACUAUAACAUACCAGAAGUGACUCUAGAGGAAUAUUCCUCCUUGUCAAGUCAUGACUUGUCGUUCAAAGACUGUUUUGUCAAGUAAUGACUUGUCGUUCAAAGACUAUUUUGUCAAGUAGUGACUUGCCAUUCAAAGACUGUUUUGUGAAGUAGUGACUUGUCGUUCAAAGACUGUUUUGUCAAGUAAUGACUUGGCGUUCAAAGACUGUUUUGUCAAGUAAUGACUUGGCGUUCAAAGACUCUUUUGUCAAGUAAUGACUUGACAUUCAAAAACUGUUCUGUCAAGUAAUGACUUGUCAUUCAAAGACUAUUUUGUCAAGUAGUGACUUGCCGUUCAAAGACUGUUUUGUGAAGUAGUGACUUGUCGUUCAAAGACUGUUCUGUCAAGUAAUUACUUUGAGUUCAAAGACUGUUUUGUCAAGUAAUGACUUGCCGUUCAAAAACUCUUUUGUCAAGUAAUGACUUGGCAUUCAAAAACUGUUUUGACAAGUAAUGACUUGGCGUUCAAAGACUGUUCUGUCAAGUAAUGACUUGUCAUUCAAAGACUGUUUUGUCAAGUAAUGACUUGGCGUUCAAAAACUCUUUUGUCAAGUAAUGACCUGACAUUCAAAAACUGUUUUGUCAAGUAAUGACUUAGCAUUCAAAAACUGUUUUGUCAAGUAAUGACUUGUCGUUCAAAGACUGUUUUGUCAGUAAUGACUUGGCAUUCAAAGACUGUUUUGUCAAGUAAUGACUUGGCAUUCAAAGACUGUUUUGUCAAGUAAUGACUUGUCAUUCAAAGACUGUUUUGUCAAGUAAUGACUUGGCGUUCAAAAACUCUUUUGUCAAGUAAUGACCUGACAUUCAAAAACUGUUUUGUCAAGUAAUGACUUGGCAUUCAGAAACUGUUUUGUCAAGUAAUGACUUGUCGUUCAAAGACUGUUUUGUCAAGUAAUGACUUGGCAUUCAAAGACUGUUUUGUCAACGUUCAAAGACUGAUUUGUCAAGUAGUGACUUGUUGUUCAAAGAAUGUCUUUAUGACUAUGUUAGACUUGCCCUUUACAUGACGUGUCUGAACCACUGUGAGAACUUUUGUGUCAAGGUCAGACUCUUCCUCACCCUCAAGUGAUGACCCUGUCUUAAGACAUCUUAUGCCAGGAAACAUCAAAAGUUAACUCACCAUAAAGCUCCAGAACUGGUUAUAGAUUAAAGUUCCUCUUUUUUUUUCUUCAGAGAUCGUCUGAAGUACUCUCAACUUCCCCUGUUACUGUAAGCCCUGUGAUUUGUACAUGUAUGGACAUACCCUAUGCUGAUAGUAGGAAUUUGUUCAGAAGGAUAGUUUAAUCUGAGUUGGAACAGUCUUUCAAUGUCACUUCACGUUAAAGCCUUAUAGCUGUAUGAACACCCCUUAUUGUGAUAAUAAGCUGGAUCUAUCACUAUGUAGGCAGUGUUCAUACAUGAACAAUUUGACUUGCUGAAGAAAAUAAGGUUGUUAUAACCUUUAUGAGAGCAAAGAGAUAAAAAAAAACAGUGAUAAGACUUGAGAAGAAAACUCUUGCUCAAACUGUGUGUGAAUAAAAAAACAAUGUAUUUUUGUACAAUGUAUGAAUAGUUUGUUAUAUAUGAAUACUUCUUCAUUGGGUAUUUAUUAGGAUCAUUUUAAGUGAUUUAAAGAGACAAUCCUCAUUCUAUAUUUACUUUUGUUCAUUCUUGUUUUGCCUUCUAGUUUAUUCACCCGUCAGAUGCACAAUGAAUGUGUAAUAGAAAUUAUUGAAGGAAAAAUCUUGAGAUAAGCAAAAUAGUUUACUCAUUUGCAUUUGUGGUUUAUUGUACAGGUAGAUUACAGUUUCAAGUAGAAUUCAGAAUGAGGAACGGAAAAUGUAUAUCAAAUGUGAAGAAUGUACAGAUCAUGAGAGGUGUACUUUCUUUAUUUAAAUUCUUAAUGCACAUCAUCAUUCCAU